UCUGUAGCCGCUGCCGCCGGCCUGGUGUGUGAGGAAGGGCCUAGGCCCGGCCUGCUGUAGAGCGGUUUGCCGGGCGUCGAGCUCGCUUCCUUCGUCUCCUCAGCGCCAGCUUCGCCCGCUUUCCGUCCCCAGCGGGCUGGGCGUGGGGAAGACCUGCGGGAGCCAUGGAGGAUGAGGUGGUUCGUAUUGCCAAGAAGAUGGACAAGAUGGUGCAGAAGAAGAACGCGGCUGGAGCAUUGGAUUUGCUGAAAGAGCUUAAGAAUAUUCCCAUGACCCUGGAAUUAUUACAGUCCACAAGAAUUGGAAUGUCAGUUAAUGCUAUUCGCAAGCAGAGUACAGAUGAAGAAGUUACAUCUUUAGCAAAAUCUCUCAUCAAAUCCUGGAAAAAGUUAUUAGAUGGACCAUCCACUGAUAAAGACCCUGAAGAAAAGAAAAAAGAACCUGCGAUUACAUCACAGAAUAGCCCUGAAGCAAGAGAAGAAAGUAGUUCCAGUGGCAAUGUAAGCAGCAGGAAGGAUGAGACAAAUGCUCGAGAUACUUACGUUUCAUCUUUUCCUCGGGCACCAAGCACUUCUGAUUCUGUGCGGUUAAAAUGUAGGGAGAUGCUUGCUGCAGCUCUCCGAACAGGAGAUGACUACAUUGCUAUUGGAGCUGAUGAGGAAGAACUAGGAUCUCAGAUUGAGGAAGCUAUAUAUCAAGAAAUAAGGAAUACAGACAUGAAAUACAAAAAUAGAGUACGAAGUAGGAUAUCAAAUCUCAAAGAUGCAAAAAAUCCAAAUUUGAGGAAAAAUGUACUCUGUGGGAAUAUUCCUCCCGACUUAUUUGCUAGGAUGACAGCAGAGGAAAUGGCUAGUGAUGAGCUCAAAGAGAUGCGGAAAAACUUGACCAAAGAAGCCAUCAGAGAGCAUCAGAUGGCGAAGACCGGUGGCACUCAGACUGACUUGUUCACAUGUGGUAAAUGUAAAAAGAAGAAUUGCACUUACACACAGGUACAAACCCGAAGUGCAGAUGAACCAAUGACAACAUUUGUUGUUUGUAAUGAAUGUGGAAAUCGAUGGAAGUUCUGUUGAGUUGGAAGAAUUUGGAUCUGGACCAUUAAGAAAAUGGAUUUUGUAAUUAGCUUUAAAACUAGGCCAAACAACUAGAUUUCUUGAAAGUCAGAUUUUUAAAUCAGCAUACAUCCCGUGGGGUUAGUGUUUGUUUUUGACCUAACAUCCCUUCCUUCAAUGCCUUCUGUAGUUUCAGAUCAGUAGGGAGAUCAUACAAUAAUUGUAUGAUAUCUGUUUCAAUCCUUUCCCCCCCAUUUUUACAAGUAAGUUGAUAUUAAACUUUUAUCAAACUGUUAGCAAUUUAUUUUUAUUUUUUUUCUUCUUAAAGGAAAAUGUUCCUUAAUUUUUUUACAGUCUGAAGCAUACAGUAGAAAUUCUAUUGUUCUGUAAUACAUAAAUAAAAAUUACAUUUUUUUUUCAUAUUGGCAUGUACCUACAAAUAUUAAAGGAAGAAAAAAGGUAAUAUAAGUUUAGGUUUACCAAAUAUGGUUUGUAUUCACAUAAUACUUGACCAUCUUAUCUAAAUUGUACAUAAUAUUCGAACUAGCAUAUGAAUUUGAUUUUAAUUAUUAUGUUCACAUGCUUGGGCUAAUUACAUAUUAUUUUUGCAUCUGUAACUAACCGUGAUCAUCAUUUCUUGUGAUUUCUUGUACAUGUAUAUUAAUUGUUCUUAAUAGAUUUUACUUUUGGAAACAUGACUUGACUUUGUUAAAAUCAGUUUGGUUUGUUGUUUAUUUACUUGUUUGACUUGGUAGUGUA